AUGAACAGCGAAUUCGCCAACGGGUCAGAGCUGGAGGUGGUUCAGACCGGAGAAGACGUCGGUGACAAGAGGAGUCUGGUAGCAGUAGUUUGGGCAGUCAACCUGACGGCUUUUGUCCUCGUCGGUAUAAUAGUGCUUGUACGGAUUAUCGUCCGCUGCACGGUAACCCGCAACUUCUUCAGCGACGAUGUGCUGGUCAUUAUCGCGGCUCUUUUCACAUUCGCAGUAUGCGCAUUGCUACCCAUUGCUACCGACCUCGGUCUUGGUCAGCACUACUGGAAUCUCGAUGCUGAAUUUCUCCCCGACAACACCAAGAGCUUGCUUCAGCUCAUUUUCAUCGCUACUACUCUAUACCCUUGCGCAAUCGCGUUCACACGUCUCUCAGCCAUCUGCUCCUUUCUCAGAAUCACGACACAUCAAAGUGCGCGUUGGGUUAUGUACAGUGCGGCUGCCAUCACUGGAGGAUUUGGGCUGGCGUCCAUCUUUGCCGUCAUCUUUCAAUGCAAGCCUAUUACUGCGGCAUGGGACUCAUCGAUCAGCGGCGCGAGUUGUUAUCCAUUCAUCGACUUCCUCCAUGCCAGCGCGGCGUUGAACAUUGCGAUCGAUAUGUUGCUAUGCACCAUGCCUCUGUUGUACAUCUGGAGCAUGAAGAUGGCGCUGAGCAAGAAGCUUCUGCUGACGAUUCUCUUUGCAUUUUCUGGACUUUCCUGUGCUGCGGUGAUCAUCAAACUCAUCAAUCUAGAGCCUCUGAGUGACUCUGACGUUACCUACAACUGGGUCUCCUGGGUGCUCUGUUCCAUCGCAGAGUGCACCAUCGGUAUCGUCUGCAUGUCAAUACCGCCAAUCAUUCCUCUCUUCGCCAAAUGCUCCCGCAACAAGCCGCCCGCGCCUCGAAAAGAAAGGAGCAAGUCGUUGCGGUAUACCUUGUUCGCCGAAAAGCCAACAUUUGGCCGCGCCGUGGCGCCGCGAGUCAUAAGGCCGAUGGCGACACCAUGGAAGGAUAAACCGCUCGAGAGAACCGUCAACCCGGAUUUCAAGCCAGAUUUCCAUUGGCUCAGGCUGGAACAGGAAGAAGCCGGCCACUGUUGGGAUAAGACGCCUCAGUCUACCAAGGCGGACCAAGUUCUUGGGAUUGCGUUGUAG